GACGGCAACAGCACUUCCGGUGUCUCCAGCUGCCGCAGGAAGUUCCAGCUCGUCCUGACUGCAAAUUCGUCGACUCCGGAUGGUCGUUCCAGAUAAACUUUUGGAUACGUUAUCUUUUUUCUUUUUUUAAUCCUAAGAGAAUAAUAAGGGAAGUAUGCUGAUGCACAUCUGGCAGUAUGUGUACACAACCUACUUGAGGUAUUGGAUCAAGUGGCUCCUCAGGCAUGCGACGGGCACGUGUGAGCUGCAGAGGAUAUGCUCGAGAUACGGGCCGGGGGCGGCCAGAGCAAUGAAAACGGAAUACUCCCUCAAGUCGUCAAAGAGCAAGCUUCUACGAGGUGCUGUGGGAAGCAGCAGGGAGCACUUAGGAAAACACGUGGAGCAAAUAAUGAAGGAAAAGAAUAUCAAAGUGCAGACAAAUCCCCAUUUCAAGGAAAGCCUGCACACAUCGCUGCUGCAGAUAACGGGAUACAAGAGCCUGUACGUAUUCGUGGAAGACGUCAGGAAGGAAACGUUCUGCCCAGAGAACACUCAACAUGAGGCUAUGCUGUUGAAGCUUUGGCAGCUGCUCAUGCCGAACGUCAAGCUGGAGUCCAGGGUGACCAAGCAGUGGGGGGACAUCGGCUUCCAAGGGGACGACCCCAAGACGGAUUUCCGAGGAAUGGGCAUGCUGGGCCUCAUAAACCUUCUGUUCUUUAGUGAGCACUACACACAAGAAGCUCGCCUGGUCCUGUCUCAUGCCAACCAUCCCAAACUGGGGUACUCGUACGCUAUCGUGGGGAUCAACCUGACGGAGAUGGCGUACAGCCUGCUAAAGAGCGGUGCUCUCAAAGCUCAUUUUUACAACACGGUGCCCGGUGCCCCAGAGCUGCAACACUUUCAUCAGCUUUACUGCUACCUGGCUUUUGAGUUUGAUAAAUUCUGGCUGGCAGAGGAGCCUGAAAGCGUUAUGCUGUUCAACCAGUACAGAGAGAAGUUUCACCACGUCGUCCGGACCCUCCUGAAGGAUCCCUACGUGUCUCUCACGCUGAGCGCACCCGUCUGAAAACUAACACUACACCAACGGGAAAUGCCAGCCUGGAAGCAGACUGAAUGAGACACGAGCACAAACCUCUGGGAAUUUAGAGGUAACUGCCAUAUUAUAAUUAUUGUUGAUAGGAUCAAAAGACACUUCAGCAGGGGAAAAUGGUAUUUAUUUUUUGGUCAACUAACACUAAUACAAUAAUAGUAAUAAUGCAGCUAAAACACACAAUACAAAAUGAUAGUUACUUGGCCAUCUCAGGAUUUUGAUGUUUCUGUAGUAGUGUGACCAAUGUAUUAUUAUUUAUUUAAUUGUAAUUUUUUUUUUU